AUGUUAAAAAAGAAGAAGCAACAAACGAGUAAAGUAGUAGAAUCGACAACAACAACAUUAAAAUGUGCGGAUGAUGCACAAGAUGAGACAAAGUUCUUAAAAUUCAAUUCUACUGAAUAUCCACUUACAUUAACUGAAAAAGUCGAGAGCAAGACUCAUCAUCAUUUUGAACAAUCUUCAACAGAACUGCCAAUUCCAACCGCAUACCAUCAAAUAGGUUAG